AUGACCGUUCAUCUCGACUCAUUGCCGGAACAUUGCGUUCUACACGACAAAGACUCUCCGGACGUUUGGAUGUUAUUUUUCCCUUCUGCUUUGAAUUUCGUCAACUUCCUUCUGCUCUGCUACCUGUUCUUGAUGUACUACUCGCUUGCACAGCUGAGCAAGAAGUUCGGCAAAGAGUAAGUUAGGGAAAGAUUAAUUUUUUAUUUUUUUGCCGUUGAAGUUUUUUGAAUUUGCUCUCUUUUUAGAGCCGAGAGAUUCAUCGAAAUAGCGGCAGAACGAGGGAUUGGACCGGACGCGAGAAAGGCCGUUCGAGAUUGGGCCAAAUCACAAGGGGCGGAAUACCAGAAGCUGACACAACAUCUGGAUGAUGUAUGA